AUGGCGUCACCUGUGCUGCAACUCAUUUCGGAAGAGGCUUCCCCACAGGCCCUGUGUCUCUCACACUGGCAGACUGAGCGGCAGGCGAAACUGGAGGACAAAGUGGCAGAGAUGGCCAUAAAAUUUUGUUGCUUUUCCAAGGACCCAGUGGAAGAUGUCACAGUUUGGAGUGAAUCGAUCGAGAAACUCCUGGAGUCUAAAGCUGGAAUGGAGGCAUUCAAGGCCUUUCUGAAGAGCGAGUACAGUGAUGAGAACAUCCUCUUCUGGGAGGCCUGUGAGGAGUAUAAGAAAAUCAGCUGCAGGACGGAGAUGACGUGCGAGGCGAACCGAAUAUAUUCUGAGUAUGUUCAAACUGAGGCUCCCAGACAGAUCAACAUCGACUGUAAAACCAGGGCAAACAUAACGGAUAAAAUCUCCGAGCCCAACCUGGAAUCCUUCGACAUGGCUCAGACGCACGUCUACAGGCUCAUGGCGAGGGACAGCUACCCGCGUUUUUUAAAAUCCGAGUUCUACCAGUCGGUCCUGAGGAAAUACACCCAGAGCUGA